AAAGCACCAGCGAGAUGCAUAGCUUGUUCAAUAUUAUCCAAGCAAGCUUACCAGCUACGAGUGCUGACUGGGAAGCUGUUACUGCUGCGUAUAAUACCGCGGAGAAUCCCACGGAGAAGCACAGGGACGCCAUGAGUCUGAAGAGAAAGUUUCGCAGUAUGUGCUUAGCGUCAAAGCACACGCGCACCGAUCUAGCUAGAGCUACACGAUGUGCGUUCAGGACCAGGUUAACCAGCGCAGAAUCUCUGAUAGGGGCGGCGCGAUCGAGCCCGCAUCAGGCCAGAAACCUUCGCCUGGGGGCCUUGCAUCGACAUAAACUAUCGCUGCACCGUCGCUAGAGCGUGCAAGGCCGACGGCUCCGGAGGGAGAGCAACUGCUAUUGUGGUUGGAACAGUGCGUCGCCGUACAAGGGCACUAUGAUGGACCCACUUCGUCACCGGAACUACUACAGCUACACAGGUUGCGUAAGGCGGAUCGGAAGGCUGCACGUCGACAUCACAAGGAGCUACUGCGGUACAUGGGUGUGCUGAAGGUUGCUCUAGAAGGUUUAACUUCGACUUAUAGCCAGCAACAGUAACCAAGCGCCAGUAUAAGGAUGCGCAUUCACAGUGCUGAGGUAGCCCAUCACGGCACU